GACUCUUCUCAUCGAUAAAUGUACAAAAUAUAAACAAAUUCUGUGUUAAUAGAGAUAUUAAACUGGAGCUAUGUGCAAUUGGUUAUUGCAAUGAAAUGAAUUAUAGAGAAAACAAUUUGUAAUUUUAUAGAGAAAACGGGUCAUUGCAAUCAAAUUGAUUAUUCGUUAUUUUUUGCAGAUGAAAUUUGUCAAAUUUAAUUAAAUAUGCAUAUUUGUCAAAUUUAUGAUAUUGUUUAAAAUCAAUUUACCAAUUUUUAGAGUGCUUUAUUUAAUUUGACAUAUUACAUUUUGAAAGAAAUCAUGGUUUUGCAGGAUUUACUUCCAGUACGUUCGAUUUUAAGUUGGGUGUUAAAUUCAACACGGCAUACAAUAACCAACGACAUAAGUUUUUGCAGGUUUUACAUUCAGUUUAACGUUCAGUUUUUAAGCUCAUCAUCUUUUAACAAAAACCAACGACACAAGCCUAAUAGACGUAAUCGAGUGAUGGAAAAAGUAUUUGCAUGUUUCGGAUACAGAGCUUUUUCGUGGGUGCUACAUCCACCAAUUGGAGCUUUUAAUCCUGAACAUUCGUAUACGGUUGGUUAUGUGUUGCAUCUCGAUUGGGCGGAGGAGUGCAUGUGGUUAAACAAAUAUAUUGCAAGCAAAAGAAGAAAGUGAUACUUACUAUUUUGUAUGUUUAAUUUAAUAACUUUACUUUCAGUACUUCAAUUUUGGUUUUUCGAUUGGAUAUGUUAGUUGUAUCAAAAUAAUGUUAAGUUUUUUAAUAGCUUUAAUUGGUCAUAAGAUUCGAUCAUUCGUCAUGUAAGGCUCGAGUAUUAUAUGACCUCAAUAUCGCAAAAUAUGGACUAUGCGAAUGAUUUUGUAAAAUUCCGCACGCAUUGCCUGCAUGAAAUACUAGGCACAAUAAAAUUAAAAUUCCGCACGCAUCGCAUGCAUGAAAUACUAGGCACAAUAAAAUUUCUAAAAUCCACGCACGCAUCGCGUGCAUAAAAUACUAGUUUGAAUAAUGGCAGCUCAUGUUAGUACUUUGCAGAUUAAAAACGAAGCGAAAUCUGGUUUAAUUACUCAGGUCAUAAAAACAUUUCCAAACUUUCAUCAAACAAAUUAAAGGGUUUCAAUCAAACAAUUUCAAUAAUGCACAGAAAACCCAAAUCACAAAAAUAAUUCCCAAAAUCUGUAAAAAUCAAGAGAGAUAAAGUAGUUACCCGGCAACAACAAUCUUUGCACAAACAUUCGGUUUUUUUGGAGCAAUAAUGUCCACCUAGUUCAGCCAUCAACAACAUUUUCUCCGCUAAAUCCGUCGUCGUACCCGUUUUCAUCGACAUUACAGCAAAUUUCCAAACUUUUC